AAGUUAAUUCGACAACUGUUCAUGUGGUAUGUAUCCAAAAAUAGUCGGUCAUGUUACCUAGUCACGUGACCUAAUCACAUGCAAACUAAAGCUAGAGAUGGCGUUCAGUAGGAUUGUGUUGGUGGUGCUUUUGAUAAAAACAGUGUUGAGUGACAAAGCUCCAACAUGGGCAGAUUCGUAUUCUGUGGAGGGCGUUUUACAGCUUCCGUACGCCGAGCUGAAGGAACCAUUCAAGGCGUAUUACGACACGGCAACCAACCAGAGUCGUGUAGAUUACUAUGACAGUUUGGUGGUCACCAUGCAGUUACAGAACCAGAAUAAAAGCAUCAAAAUUGCUUACAUGACAACUGAGACGGUUUUAAACAAGCGGUCCUGUUUUCUCCUCCAAGGAGAUUCUCCAAUUCAAGCUGUCCUCCCAGAUCUGUCAGAUUUCCAGAAAGUAGGUCAGGAACAAAUUGGAGCCACCACAGGAGAUAAAUGGGUCAAGGUUACAAAAAAAGGACGGAAGAAGAACACGUACACGAUGUGGGUGGACUCUAAGAGUCAGACCCCGGUCAGGUAUGAGAUGAUGGGAUACGACACGCUGCUGGGCUCUCACUAUGACAAGUACUAUCUGGACUACACCAACUAUACAGCCGGCCCGGUGAAUGCCACAGUGUUUAACUACACAUCAUUUGGCCUCACCUGUUCUGGUUUCCCGGGCCCGGGCGUGACUCAGAAGAAAGUGCUGAUGAACCCAAUGAUAGAGUAUCUCCAUGACUACGAUGAUCACGUGCAUGAAAUGUUCGCUGCACACAAAGUGAAACAUAUCCCGAAGUAUAGCAGCAUCAAGGAGCAUGCUCAGAGACAACACAUUUUUAGACAAAAUGUUAGAUUUAUUCACUCCAAAAACCGAGCAGCCCUGGGCUUCAGUCUGGCAGUCAACCACUUGGCGGAUAAAUCGAGGGAGGAGAUCCAACUAAUGAAUGGCUACCACUACACUCCAGGUCCCCAUGGAGGUCUGGCCUUCGACACAUCGAAAUUCCAUCUUAAGGACCUACCCGACACCAUGGACUGGAGGUUACAUGGAGCCGUAACUCCAGUGAAGGAUCAGGCAGUAUGUGGGUCAUGUUGGAGUUUUGGAACAACAGGGACUAUUGAAGGGGCUUACUUCCUGAAGACAGGUGAACUGGUACGGUUGUCACAGCAGCAGUUGAUGGAUUGUUCCUGGGGUGAGGGAAACAAUGCAUGUGACGGUGGGGAGGACUUCCGGUCCUACCAGUGGAUCAUGAAGAAUGGGGGGCUGACAUCAGAGGAACUGUACGGACCUUACCUGGCUCAGGAUGGGAAGUGUAACAAAUCCAUCACUCCAGUUGUCCAGUUGAAGAAUUACGUGAAUGUGACGAGCGGCGAUCUGCAGGCUCUGAAGUUUGCCAUCGCACACCAAGGUCCAAUCUCAGUUGGCAUUGAUGCCUCGCAUCUAUCUUUGUCUUUCUAUGCAAAUGGCGUCUACUACGAACCCCAGUGUGGUAACAAGCCAGAUGACCUUGACCAUGCAGUUUUGGCCGUUGGAUAUGGUGUGAUGAAUGGACAAGCUUAUUGGCUGAUCAAAAACUCGUGGUCCACUUACUGGGGUAACGAUGGCUACGUGCUAAUGUCACAGAAAGACAACAACUGUGGGGUCGCCACGGAUGCAACCUUCGUCAUGCUAUAAUUUCUGAUAUGCAACACUGCAGAAUGCUCCGAACAUUUAAAUCUUGUGCCAAAAUGUGUUAUACAUAUUUUCGAUUCAUCUCAUUUAAAAAGAACUUUACUGACAUUUAUAAUUGCUUGUAACAUACCUGAAGUCUGAUAAAAAAAUUUGAAGGUUGAUAAAUGAGCUUUCUGGGAAGGAUUUUUAUAUAUUUAUAGAAAAAUACUAUUUGGACAGUGUAGGUUUUUUUAUUUAUAGGAGAGCGUAGCCUUGCAGGUUGAUUGGUCCCUUUAAUAUGCUCAGAUAUAUAUCUUCCCAUCAUUCCAAGCUUGGGCCAUUUGUAUGCCAUUGUAAAUAGCAGUAGGUUAAUACUCAAUGAGGUCUAGAGUUUUAUCUGUAGUGAAUACUUAUUUUGUAUUUUGUAUAGCACGGUGUUUGAAAUACCUCUGAAAUGAGAGGCUAUGUUAUGUAUGAAUAAAAACUUAUUUUUGAAUUUCCUAUAAUAUUGCUAUGGUUUCUUGAUUCCAUCAUCUAUUGAAUGCGUGCCUGAUAAAUAUUGUCUACUGAACACAUACCUGAUGUCUAUCUUAUUAGGAUAUAUCUUUUGUGUAUCAAUUGUUCGAAUGCUUAAUAAAUUUCUAGAUACACUGA